CAUACAACUACGACAUCACAAUCAUCAAUGCUAAUGAGUAGCAGUAGCGGUGCUGGCCUUGGUGGUGCUAAAUUAACACCAUGCACACCACGAAUAGAUAUAUCACGCGCAAGUAGUUCAUCGCAUCAUGAAGAAGAUAGUAAAGAUAGUACACCAGAGAAUCAAGAUGCAAUUACAUCAGCGUUAGGUGUUGGUUUUCGUGAAGAAGGUACUUUAGAUUUACGUUCAUCUACCGAAGAAUUAGAUUUUCAAGAUACAACAACUGCACAAAAAUCCAAUAUAAAUAAAAGCCGACCUACAUCGCCAUUAGUAUUUAUUUGUGAUCCGAAUUUUGAUCGACAACGAAAAGAUAGUCAAACAUCGGAAAUUUGUUUAUUAUCAAUUUCUGGUCGUACAUCACGUUUAUCUAGUGUUGGAAGUCAAUGUUCCGAUCAUAGUCGUAUUUCUACAGCAAGUCAUCUAUCAGUAAUGUCUGGCCAAUCACGUUCAACAUCCCCGCAUAAAAUGCUAUUAGAAACAUCUUUUUGUGGUUCUCGUGCUAAUUUAAAUGAUAUAUCUACAUCGUCACAAAUAUCAGCAGAUGAUCAACAUCAUAAAGAUGAUUUACAAGAUGGUGGUCCAGUUGAAGAUGUUUUAGAGAAAGUUUUAUUAGCUAGAAAACAUGAUCCACGUGAAGCAAUAUUAGGUGAAGGUAUUACAAUUGAAAAACCAAUAACAACAAGUAGUGUUGCCAGUCCUCCUGCAGCUCCUGUCAAAAGGGUAUCUAAAUCUGCACCAAUUCAAAAACCAGCUCGUGCAACUAAACCUACCCCAUCAAAUGUAGCAACAACAUCAGUAACAUCUACAGCAAUGCCAAUGCCAACAAUAUCAAUAUCAGAUAGUAAUCAAACAGCAUACGAUUGUAAAUAUGUAACUCCAAAAGGUGAAAAAUUAAUACCGGGACAAACAAUUAAAUCACAUACCGGUACUGAAUUUGUAUUUAUACCAUUAAAAGGACCAUUGCCAACAGAGUUUAAUCAAUCAUCGUCAUCAACAUUAUCAGCAACAACACAACGAAAACGUUCAUCAUCAACCACAUCAACCGGACUCUCAUCGAGUGCCGGUGGAAGUAGGACAAUAAAACAAUCAGAUCAACAAGUAAAAUAUUCAUUAGGUGUUAAAAGUAAAAGUACAUUAAAUUCAUCAUCAACAUCCAGUUAUUAUCAAUCAAAAGAACCAGAAUAUAUUCGAAUUAAAUUAAAACCUGAUCAUAUGUAUAGUGAUAAUGAUCUUGGUGGGGGUGGGGGUGGUACCACCAGUGCUGCUGAUAAACAUAUAACAGCUGAAAAACCUAAAACAUUAAAUUUAACAAAUAAACAAUUGAAUAAAAUAACAGUGUUACCAGCAAAAAGUGUUCAAAGUAGUGGUGGCACAUCUACAUCAUCGCCCCCACAGCAACAAUCGUUGUCGAGAAAAAGUUCAUUAUUACGUAGUCGUGAAACUAUUAGUCCAGCUCAAGACUAUUCAACAACAUCAACGCCAACACCAACAGGUAGUAAACAACGUAGCAAAUCAGCAUUUACAGCAAAACUAAAAGAAACUGACAGUGUAGUUGCUGGUCGAUCACGAUCAAAAAGUCGUGAACGUACCUCGAAUGAUUUUUGGUCAUCAUCACCAAUAUCAACAACUCAAUUAUCAUCAACAGAGAGUAUUGAUGGUAGUGGUCACAAAAAACCAAAAUCAUCAGUAUUUUCAAUAUUCAAACCAAGUUCAAAGAAAACACCAACAAAGUCAACAAAAUCAAAACUUGAAGGUGAUAGUAUAAGAAUACCAUUACAUUCACCAAGUGAAUAUGAAAAUCGUUCAAUAACAACUGCUUUAACAAAUGAGCAACAUGAUAUAAGUAAAUCAAAUGAAACAAUUGAAAAAUCACAUAAAUCAAUAUCAGCAACAAAUUCAGAAGAUAGUAAUAGUAUGACCACUGUUACUGUUAUUGAAGCAAUACCAACAACAAUAACAACAACAGUAAUCGAUGUUAUUACAACCACAACAGCAACUACAUCUACAACAGCAGAGCAACGUAGACGUAGUUUAAAACAAAAUACAACAAGUAGUAGUACAAAUGAAGUUAAAACCACAAAAAAAUCAGAUGAAGUUAAAACCACAAAAAAAUCAAAUGAAGUUAAAACUAUAAAAUUAUCAGGUGAUGUUAAAACAAUAAAAUUGACAGAUGAUAUAAAUAAAAAUAUUAAAAGCCCUGACAGUGUAAAACAGCAACAAUCAAUAACAUCCCCAAAAAUAGCUUCAGUCAUAGAAAAACCUAAGAAAGUAAAAAAAUUAGAUAAUGGUAGUGUAACAAAAAUAAUAGCAAAAGAAAACGGUAAAUCUGAUAAGCAAUUUACUACAACGACAACUACAACAAAACCAACAACUACAACAACAGCAACAACGCCAAUAACAGAUACAAUAACAGCAGUAACAGCAACUACAACAGUAAAGCCUAAAAAAGUUAAAAAAUUGGAUAGUGGAACAAAAAUAACAAAGGAUAAAUCUGAUGAACAAUUAAAAACACCAACUCCAACAGAUACAACAACCGGUAUGUUAUCAGAUGCUGAUAAAAGUAAUCGUAAUUCAGUAAUAUCAACAACAGAAAAAGAAGAAACAUCUGAGAAUUCGGAGCAUGAUUCAGAAAUCGAAUUUAUAAACAAUAAAAAAACAACAUCGAAACCGAGCGAGGUUAAAAAAGAGGAAGUCGUAGAAGAUUAUGAACGAAAAACGUUAGUGUUUCAAACUGAUUCAUUCGAUGAUGAAGAAUUACCAUAUGUACCAACAACAUUACCAUUAGAACGUUCUGUUGCUGUACCAAUUGUACCAAUCAAACAACGUGCAACCUUUGAAAUGAAAACAUGUCCAAUAGAACGACCACGAUCUACAACCCCAAUCAAUCCAAGUACAAUUGAUGAUUAUUGUUAUUAUGAUCAAACAUCUUCGUCAUCUACAUCAUCAACACUUUCACGUCAACAACGAAAGCAAAUUACUGAAAAAUUACGUAUUAGUUUACCACGUACAACUGAUAAUACGACGACAAGUACUUCAUCAACUCUUGACAGAAAAACGCAUAAAUUAAAAUCACCACGCAAUAAAGGUAUCUCAAAUCCUAAAGCAUGGCAAGAGUUUGCUGAUAAAGGUAUUGCUAGUAGUAGUGGAGGUGCUAGUAGUGGUGCGGGUAGUCAUCAAUCAACUCCAUCAUCGUCUAGUAAACAUGAACAUGAUGAUUCUGGUGAUGAUGUACCUCCACCACCUUUACCACCACGUAGUGCACCUAAAGAACAAACAAAACAAUGGAUUAAUUUCGAAGAAAUACCAGAAAAACAUAAACCACCAAAACGUAUACAAACAAUACCAUCUAGAAGUCACAUUGAUGUUCCGCCAGGAGUUGUUGAGGCUAGCGCCACUGGUGUAUCAACAACAAAUAGUGAAAAUAUUAUAUAUAAUUACGUUAAUCCUGAAGAUUGUCAAUGUGAAUGCCAUGAAACAUCAACAACAACUACAACCUUAAUCAAAACACCAACAAUACCACCUGAAGAAAUAGAACCAUUAUUACAAGAUGAUGAUUCUAAAAAUACAACAGCUCAAAAAUUAGUAUAG